AUGGCACCAACAACACGCCACCGCAGCGGAGGCGGACCAACCGUGCCUAGCUCACGAGACGCGUCCUACGCUACUAUUAGCGACGAGGAACAUACCGAACCUCCUGCGGCAAGCACGCGUCAAGCGCACUACUCGCCACCUGACCGCGAGAGUAGUGAAACCACUCAAUCAAGCGGAACCCCAGAACUAACUCAAGACCUCAACGCGACUAGACUCGCGGCGCGUCACGCAGAACUAAAGCGAAGAGUACUUAAGAAAAGACGGCUUGAAGAGAUUGAGAAUAUGGAAAGAGAACUGGCUGGUGAGACACCAAACAAUCCGGUGCAGAUAGAAGACACCACGCCACCAAGUCGCAAGCGUAACGCGGACGACCCUACGGACCGCGCGACUAAGUAUCUCAAGUCGAACCCUCCUAAGGAGUUCAAGGGACAAAGCCUCGGCGAGCUCCGUGCCUACCUCGACGCAUGGCAACUGCGAUUCGGUAUCUACCCAAGCCUCUCAGACAAAGAGCGCAUUACCCAGGCAGCCACUUCACUAGGCGAUAUCGCGGCAUCUCGAUGGCUAAGGGAACCGGAGUCGCUCAGACCCACCACUUGGAUAGGGUUCUCAGAAUUCCUACGAGAUAUCGUACAAGACCCUGCGAACCGCAUGGCAUCCGCACUUAGGAAGCUAUGGCGUUACCAUCAGAGUGAUAACCAAAGCGCAAGAGAAGUCCUAGAGGCACUGGCGCGUCUACGAGAGGACGUGGCUACCCUCAAAGAGGAAGAAAGAUAUGUAUAG